AGACUGCAAGUUCAGUCCAGUUCAGUCGUAAAACCGAAUGUAAACAGAAGACGUCGAAGAUGACUUCAGACAAAGAAGAGGAAUCUUUUUCCUCAAUUGAGGAAAUUAAAAAGGUUCUUGAGCAUUAUGAAAAAAGUGGAAAUGAUUGUUUCGGUUACAAUCUUUUGCACAUUGCGCGUCAAUUAAUUAGCGAAGAAUUUAUUAACAACGGCGAUCCUUUAACCAGAAUCCAAACAGCUAUCUAUAUUUGUAAAAUUAUUGCAAAGGCCAAUUCUCGUUCACCCUACACAGAUUCUCAAAACGAGAAGAUCCUCCGAUUUUAUAUCAGAGAGUUACGGAAUCUAAAGAAAAAUUUGGAAUAUCAUUCCGAAUACACUGAUUUUGUGAAAAAUCUAGAAAACACAAAAGCUUAUAAUUUGGGAUUUGAAUUGUCGAAUCAAGAAACGAGAGAACAGAUUUUUGAAAAUCUUUUCACAGUAAUUUUCGAUUUAGUCGAUGAGGAUUUGGAAGAGGAUUUGAAAUCUUGCAUGUUCUCAAUUUUAAAUUCGGUUCUCAAACAAUCAAGAAAUUUCUCGUUUGAUCACCUUCACUCUCUUUUUCAAAAUAUCGUGGAACCUCAGAAAAAAUCUAGAAAAGAAGCUUGUAAAAUGACCAUAAAACUUCUUAAAGAAAGGCAAGAAGAUCUGGAAGGAUUUUUGACAAAUUACAUCAAUUUAAUAAAAGAAGACGGAGAACAAGCAAUAGAAACGUGCAAACUUUACGAAAUCGCCUAUGAAUUGCGAAAAAUUUUCCCAAAAGUUAUUCGCAACACGAUGCUAUUUUAUGCAGAAUCGAAAAUAAAAUCUCCCUUAAUAGAAACAAGAAUUACAAGCAUUACUUUUCUGGGUAAAUUGUUCUCAGCUGCGGACUCUAAACUCGCAUGUACAGAAGAGAACAUUUUUAGCAACUUUCUUGGCAGAAUUAAAGAUCCAAGCGUUGAAGUUCGUCUUUUGCUUAUUGAAUUCUUUAAGAGAAUUAUCCUCAAACAUCCUGAAGUCAGAAUCAUAACUUCUCUACAUUUGAGACAAACUCAGGUCGAUCCGGAAACAAGAGUCAGAAUUGAAGGCGUCACUUCGAUUUCGAAGGCAAUAUUUAAGGAUAUAAGGAUCUUGGAGGGAAAUGUAGAUUUAAAACAAUUUUUAAGAGGUGUCAAACCUGAUACAGAGUAUUCGGUAAGAAAAGCCGAAUUAGCGACAGUGGCUAUCGUUUUUCAGCAACACAUAAAAAAUUAUAUGAAAUUAUCUCCCGAAUUAAGAAAAGCGUUGCUCUCAAUUCAAACUAGAAUUUUGUAUGCUUACUCUGCGACGGCAUCUAUCAACGAUAAAUGUUUGAUAGAAAAACUAUUCAGAGAUAGUCUCGUUUCCUAUGAAUUGCCAUCAAAAGAAAGAAUGAAAAGACUCUAUCAUCUCUACUCAACUCUGGAUUUUUCGGUCCUCAAGUCAUUUGCAGAAUUACAUGAGAACAAAUUCUUAAACAGGAAAAUUCUAGCACAGUGGGUGCAGUUGAUAAAAGAUCAAGAAUCUAGGGACGAAAUUCGGGAAGAAUUUAGAAUAAUGACAAAGUACAAAGAAGGCCCAAUGGGUUCAGCGGAAUUCGUGAAUUUUUUCGAAAACUACUUGAUGAAAAAUGAUAAUCUAGUGAGUCAACUGGAAAUAAUUGUCGACCCGCAUGUUUCCUGUAAUGAUAAAAUUGAUGCUUUUAAUAAUAUCCGAGAUAUUUUAAGUAAAUUGGAGGAACCUUUUUGUGAGGAGGCUUGGGAAUUGAUCGACAGUGGAACUUCUUUAAUUUUUGACCAUGAAGCUUUUAAGGAUUUGAUCAGUUGUGUAUUCGAGAGCUUAAACGGUGGUUCAAUUGGAGAACUCGAUUUGAAUCCAACAAACGCUGGAGAUCGUGGACUCAAAUUGCUUAAGGUUCUUGCCAACUACUUCCCCACCUCAUUUGAAUUCGCGGAAAUUCCGGAACUAUUUAUCAACUACCUCAAAAACGGAGACGAAGUCAGAAGAUCACUCAUGCUAUCUCUUCUCGCAACAUUAGGAAAGCGGAAAUACCUUUACGAAAUAAUAAAUUCGGAUUCUAUUCUAGAAUUCCUUAUCUCCACGACAAAAAAACUAGCAAUCGAGGGAACACCCAAAGAAUCUAAACAAUCGAUUCGUUGUUUAAAAUUUUCCACGCCAAAUUUUGAACAUGUCUAUGAAGAAAUUCUAGAAAGUAUGAAUCUCCAACCAAGUUCAGAUUUUUUUCUAGGAUCUGUGAUAGCUUUAGGCCAUAUUGCACUCGAAAGGCCAGAGGGGAAAUGUCACCAAGUCGAAGAUUUAAUCCAAAAGAUUAUUGAUUAUCUUCGAGAUUAUAAAGCAAAUGAAGUUCUAGGAACUUCAGGAACCGACUGGUGUAGUGAAAAUGAACUCUCAAAGACAGAAAGAUCUUACGAAGAAGCUAUAAAAUGCGUGGCUCGAUGGAUUUACGGACUAGAAGAUUCUGACACUCUGAUCGAUUUGGCAAAUAAUUUUUUUGAUAUUUUAAAUUCUUUUUUGCUAGAACCUUAUUCUUUAAAAGAACCAACAAAGAACAGGCUUCGUGCGAAAGCUGCUUGUGCGAUUCUGAAAAUCUGCGAGAGAAAGGAAUUGAGACAUUCGAUUCCUCUUCAGAUUUUCUAUGAUCUUUCCAAGCUAAUGAAUGAUAAAUCUACUAAAGCGAGUAUACUCUUCGUUCGCAAAUUAAUAAAAGGGCUCAAAUAUCGUUUGCCCGAGCGAUUUUUAACGAACGAAUUUCUCGGGUUUUUUGUUCUCGCCGGAAAACAAGAGGAACGAAUGAUUGCCAUAAAUUCAGCUCUCGAAGUUGUUAUCGCCCGGAGGAAUUUUUUCCUUAAUUAUUUAAUGAAUACUGCCGAAAAUAAUAUUUUCCGAAAUGAAGAACUGAAAGAGAGAAUUUUUGAAUGGCUUCCAGAAUUUUCGAUUGUUUAUGCCCUACCGAUUCUGGCACGAGAUCCAGAUUUUACGGAAAUUAACUACCUGUCGUUAAAAAGAAUGGAGAAAUAUCUCUGGCCGUUUUUGCAACUUAUUGUCGAAAAAAGCGAUUUUAAUUGCUCGAUUCUCUUGAAAAAAAUUGGUGAGGAAUUGAAAUUAUUUGGCGAUGCGCAAUCGUCUAAUUUGAAUGAAAAAUUGGGGGCGUUGAACGAAUUAUUCUUGUUGUUUGUCAAGAAAAGAAUAAAAAAAGGUUCCGCGAAGGUCUUUGAAGUGGAAUUAAAAAUUCCCAGAACUCACUACACAGAAAUACAAUUAUCCGACCAUCAUGAAUUCUCGCCUUCUCUGUUUCAAAGAUCGAAAAGAACUUCAGUGAAGAAGAAACUCUCAGUGGUUUCUACUACUGCUGGAGACAAACGAGUUCGACGUACUUAAAACUUAAUACGUCAAGGUUACAAGUGUAUCUACCAUCAAUUUCAAAGAAAAAGAUUUUUUGCUUUUUAUUUUUGUUUAUAUAAAAGUUUUGUUUCUCGAUAUCUUUUAUUAUCCAUUAUGUUUAUGAUUGUAGAACUUUAUAUUUUGUGAUCUUUACAGAUUGUAUGUAUUAUAUAACAAAAUAUAUAAAUGUUUUGGAAUU